AUUGCUCGUUGGGUUUGGUUCGGGAACGCCGCGGGUGGCGGGGGCGCGCUUUGUGGCCGCGCCGGGGAGCUGGUCAUUGUGCGGAGAGGGAGCCGUCAGUUCGGUGCGCGCGUUCGGAGGCUCCGGUGCAUUAUGGUCUGAUUGCAGAAGGAAGUACAGUACUUGCUGAGCUGGUAUCCAGCCUUUGAAAGUGGCUACCAAUGAACAACAGUUUGAUGUGCACCUUUGAGAUCUGAACUGAGGUAACUAUGGCAGCUCAAAGAAUUCGCUCCACCAAUACAAGUGGACUUCCCCGAUGUAAAUCUGAAGGCACGUUAAUUGAUCUUGGUGACUGCUUCUCUGAACUCAGUUUCAGUGAUGUCAAAGUGCCUUCUCCUAGUACGCUACGGUUAAAUACAUCUACAUCUUUUGGGGACGCACGAGAAGUUGUGGCUAUUAAGGAUUACUGCCCUACUAAUUUUACCACACUCAAAUUUAACAAAGGAGACGUUCUAUACGUCUUGGAUACUUCUGGCCCUGAAUGGUGGUAUGCCCACAACAAUACAGAAAUGGGAUACAUUCCUGCUUCUUACGUACGGCCUGUUGGCAAAAGCUCCUCUCUUCGAGACAGCGGCAUGGUAGAUAACAUUGGUGACAGUUCUGAUGAAGGAGUCAAAGAGAUGGAUUUACUUGGUGACUGGGGAGACGUCUUUGACAAAAUGUCCUCAAAUACCAAACAGAACAAUCCGUUUGUGAAUGGCUUUACGUCGUCCAACCCGUUUCUGAAUGGGAAUGCACAGAGUCCCAGCUCCAAAAGUGAUCAGGCACCUAAAUCAGAGGUGGAUCUACUGUUGUUUGAUCCAUUAGCACCACCUCUUGAUAGUUCAAAAAUAUUAGCACCAAACAGUGAAAGUAAUAAUAUCAUUGAUAUCGACCCACUGAUGAGCUCAAAAGCAGAGUUUGAUCCGAUCCUGAGUCGGAACAAUCCUUUCUUCAGAAGCAAGCGAUCGUACAGUAUGUCUGAGCUGUCAGUCCUGCAAGCCAAGUCUGCAGGGCCUCCUCCCACUAGUUUCUUCAGCAAUAUGCAGUCUCCAGAGCCUGAACAGUUCAGGAGCAGGGAGGACUUUCGAACAGCAUGGCUUAACCACAGGAAACUGGCACGUUCCUGUCACGACCUAGACUCCCUUGGGCAAAGCCCUGGCUGGGGUCAGACUCAGCCCGUUGAGACGAAUAUUGUUUGUAAGCUGGACAGCACUGGUGGAGCAGUUCAGCUUCUGGACACCAAUAUUAGUAUUCAUGUUCCAGAAGGACACAUCUCCCCAGGAGAAACACAGCAAAUUUCCAUGAAAGCCCUGUUGGAUCCCCCAGUAGAGUUGAACAAUGACAAAUGUACAACUAUCAGCCCUGUGGUUGAGAUCAAAUUAAGCAACAUGGAAGUUAAAACAUUCCUCACCUUGGAGAUGAAGAUCUCUGCUGAGUUGAAAGAUAAUGUGUCGAGCAAAAAGGAUGCCUGUAUAACCUGCUUGAGCAGUGACAGUAAAGAUGGGCCCUUCUUGCCAAUGCCUCAGGUGUAUCACUACGGUGACACGGUGCAGGUCCAGCUGGACAGUUUGGAGCCUUGUAUGUAUGUUGUUGUGGUGUCUCAGGCCAAGAUGUUACAAUACCCUGCUACAGUGUGGGAAUACAUUAACAAAAAAAUCACGGUUGGUGUGUAUGGUCCCAAGCACAUUCAUCCUUCGUUCAAGAUGGUGGUGGCUGUCUUUGGGCAUGAUAGCACGCCCAAGUCCUUGCUAGUAAAUGAAGUGAGCCGAGAGCUUGUGAGUGUACCGCCUGUGGCCCUCCAGCUAUGGGGUAAGCACCAGUUUGUGUUGGAAAAGCCCCAGGACCUGAGGAUCAGCAUACACCCCAACAUCUCCAACUACGAGGUCAAGCCUUCCGACCAGGUUAAGGUUGUCCGUGGGUUCCAGGUGAAGCUGAGCAAGGUCAGCCGCCUCAUCUUCCCCAUUCACUCACGUGUCCCUGAUGAAAUCUCCGAUUUCACCCUGAGGGUGCAAGUCAAAAAUGAUCAUGAGGUAAUAAUCACGCAAUUCUGUGUGAGGACACCGCAGCCACCUCCGAAAUCCGGGGUCCGAAGUAGCGGGCAGAGGAGGUUUCUGAAGAAGAAGGAAGUUGGCAAGAUUGUUCUUUCCCCUUUGGCCAUCACAAGUAAAUACCCCAUAUUUCAGGACCGCCAAGUAAACCAUCUCAAGUACGGGAAACUGUUGAAGACUGUCGUGAGGCAGUGCAAAAACUACUAUCUGUUGGAGUACAAAAAGGGAGAUGUGAUUGCAUUACUAAGUGAAGAGAAGAUUAAGUUGAAAGGUCAUCUCCGAACAAAAGAGUGGUAUACUGGGUUCUACCAAGGGAAGAUAGGGCUGGUGCAUGCUAAAAAUGUGUUAGUGGUUGGGAAAAUGAAGCCCAGCUACUUUCAGGGACCUGAUCUCACUACCUCUAUGCUCUUGGAGCAGGUCCUUCGCCCCUGCAAGUUUCUCACUUACAUCUAUGCUUCAGUAAGGAUGACACUCAUGGAGAAUAUCAGUAGCUGGAGAGCAUUUGCAGAUGCUCUGGGUUACAAAAAUCUGCCUCUCGUGCACUUCUGCCGGACAGAGAUCGACAGUGAGCCGGAGCGCGUGGCAUCAGUACUGGAAAAGCUGAAGGAGGACUGCAAUGAUACAGAGAACAAGGAGAAGAAGUCCUUUCAGAAAGAGCUGAUGUCUGCCUUGUUGAAGAUGGACUGCCAGGGUCUGGUUGCCAGGCUCAUCCAGGAUUUUGUAUUGCUCACUACUGCUGUAGAGGUGGCCUCAAGGUGGAGAGAGCUAGCCGAGAAAUUGGCCAGAGUUUCCAAGCAACAGAUGGAUGCUUAUGAAGCUCCUCACAGGGACAAGAAUGGAGUGAUUGAAACUGAGGCUAUGUGGAAACCAGCCUAUGACUUCCUACUGACAUGGAGUGCACAAAUUGGAGACAGCUACAGAGACGUGAUCCAAGAACUGCACAUGGGGCUGGACAAGAUGAAGCAUCCCAUCACAAAACGCUGGAAACACUUGACUGGAACCCUCAUCCUGGUCCACACCCUUGAUAUCCUCAGAGCAGCAGCCUUCAGUCCUUCUGAUCCAGAUGACGUUACUAAUUGAACUGUACUCUCUCUCGCCUAUUCAGUGAAGACUCAGUGACAGCAGAGAGUAAGUUCAAGUUACUUGGCCUAAUUUCUCAUUAGUGCCGGCAGGAAUUACCCAGCUUUGCAACUCUGGGGUUUCUGUGUUGCAAAGAACAUCAAUUGUCAGUUUUAUGGCAUGGUGUUCAAACUAUUACCAUGAAAGGCAAAGCUUAGUCUGGCUCCUAAAACUUUUUAAAAAGAGCCAAUGAAUGUUGGAAGUAAAGUCUGAGAGCUUGUUUUGCACAAAAUCAAUCAUGUUAUAUAUGGGAAGUGGAUAAAUCCUCCAGUGAGUUGUAAUACAGCUCUCCCCUGACAACCAUCCCCCAACACCCUCCCCACUAACAAAGUGGUUUGUUUUCUAAAGAACUCUUCAUCGUGCGAUAAUUCGUGCAGCUGGAGAUAUGGUAAACGAUUAACUUUCAUGGCUGAUACCUGCUGUCUUGGAUGGUGAGAAGUCAGAAGCUACUCCAAAGCCUUCGAAUGAAAAUGCAGUAAAUCUGGAGCAAAGCAAACCACACUAGUUCUGCCAAGUUGCGACAUACAAAUCAUUCUUCCAAUGGCCGUUGUUGUCAGACAGAAGAACUUGGGUGCGUGAGAGGUUUAUUUUCCUAAUUUAAAUAACUUGGUUAUUUGACGAAUUCCUUUCCAAUGACCCAGUCAAAAAGUUAUUAGAUGUUAUUAGCUUCUGCAGAUCUAUAUUUGAAAGACAGUUUCGAAAUGUGUUCCCCACAUUCAUUACUAAUCAAAUGUUCACUAU